GAGGAUGAGGAGGAGGAGGAUAAGAAGCAGGCGCAGAGGAGACGCGCCAUAGAGGGAGUGGUGGACAUCACAAAGCUCUGCCUGAUGGAGAUGAACCAGGAGGAACUGGCCGACUCACUGGGAGCUGUUUCUGUCCAGUGCAAGCAUGAACUCAAGUCUCAUCUGAAGAAGAAGUUCCAGUGUGUGUUUGAGGGAAUCGCUAGAGCAGGAGAGCAGAGACCUCUGAAUGAGAUAUAUACAGAGCUCUUCCUCACAGAGAGAGGCAAUGGAGAGGUCAACAAGGAACAUGAGGUCAGACUGAUUGAAAAGGCUUCCAAGAAACCCGCCAAUGAGGAAACACCAAUCAGAUGUGAAGACAUAUUCAAACCCUUACCUGCACAAGAUAAACCAAUCAGAACAAUAAUGACAACCGGAGUGGCUGGCAUUGGUAAAACCUUCUUAACACACAAGUUCACUCUGGACUGGGCUGAAGGCAAAGCCAACCACAACAUAGGCUUCACAUUUCUCCUCACUUUCAGAGAGCUGAAUUUACUGAAAGGGAAAGAGUUUAGCUUGGUGGAACUUCUUCAUCAGUUUUCUGUUGGAACCAAAGAAUUAGGAAUCUACAGAUCCGACCAUGUCCAAAAAGUCUUCAUCUUGGAUGGUCUGGAUGAGUGUCGACUUCCUCUGGACUUCCAGUACAACCCGAUCUGGACUGAUGUCACCAAGCCGACCUCAGUGGACGUGCUGCUGACUAACAUCAUCAGGGGAAUCCUGCUUCCCUCUGCUCACAUCUGGAUAACCACACGCCCAGCGGCAGCCAAUCAGAUCCCUGCUGAGUGUGUUGAUAUGGUGACCGAGGUGAGAGGGUUCAAUGACCCACAGAAGGAGGAGUACUUCAGGAAGAGAUUCAGAGAGGUGACACUGGCCAGAAAAAUCAUCUCUCACGUCAAGAAAUCUCGAAGCCUCCACAUCAUGUGUCACAUCCCAGUCUUCUGUUGGAUCACUGCAACAGUUCUGGAGGACUUCUUCAAACCAUCCCAGAUAGGAGAAGAGGGGCCCAAGACCGUGACUCAGAUGUACAGCCACUUCCUGAGGGUUCAGUCCAUACAGGGGGACAGGAAGUAUCGUGGGAGAGCUGAAACCGAUCCACCCUGGAGUUCAGAGAGCAAAGAGAUCAUUGUUUCUCUUGGGAAAUUGGCUUUUAACCAGCUGGAGACAGGCAACCUGAUCUUCUACGAGGCAGACUUGGCAGAGUGUGGCAUUGAUGUCAGAGCAGCUUCAGUGUACUCAGGAGUUUUCACCCAGAUCUUUAAACAGGAGUGUGGGCUGUACCAGGGCAUGGUGUUCUGCUUUGUCCAUCUGAGCAUCCAGGAGUUUCUGGCUGCCCUUUAUGUAUUUCUGUCCUACAUCAACACUGGUGUCAAUCCGAUAUCAGAAGAACAGCCUACCUCGAGCGAAGCUGAACUCCUCCUCCUCUACCAGAGUGCGGUGGACAAGGCCUUACAGAGUGAGAACGGACACCUGGACUUGUUCCUACGCUUUCUCCUGGGCCUCUCUCUAGAGACCAAUCAGAUUCUUCUACAAGAUCUGCUGGGACCAAGAGGAAAUACAUUACUGGGCAAUCUAACUAAAAAAGUUCUGCCGGGACAGACAGGAAGGUCACAGAUCAAUACCCAAAUAGUCCAAUACAUCAAGGAGAAGAUAGGUGAAGAUCUCUCUCAAGAGAGAAGCAUCAAUCUGUUCCACUGUCUGAAUGAGCUGAACGACCGUUCUCUAGUGGAGGACAUCCAACAGUACCUGACAUCAGGAAGUAUCUCCACCGAAUCUCUCUCCUCUGCUCAGUGGUCAGCUCUGGUCUUCAUCUUACUGACAUCAGAGGAGCAGCUGGACGUGUUUUACCUGAAGAAAUACUCUGCUUCUGAGGAGGGUCUUCUGGGCCUACUGCCAGUGAUCAAAGCCUCCAAAACAUCUCUGCUGAAUGACUGUGAUCUGUCAGAGGAAUGCUGUGAAGCUCUGGCCUCAGCUCUCAGCUCCACCUCCUCUAAUCUGAGAGAGCUGGACCUGAGUAACAAUGAUCUGAAGGAUUCAGGAGUGAAGCUGCUCUCUGCUGGACUGGGGAGUCCACACUGUACACUGGAAACUCUCAGGUUGUCAGGCUGCCUCGUCACACAGGAAGGCUGUGCUUAUCUGGCCUCUGCUCUGAGCUCCAACCCCUCCCAUCUGAGAGAGCUGGACCUGAGCUACAAUCACCCAGGAGACUCAGGAGCUACGCUGCUCUCUGCUGGACUGAAGGAUCCACGAUGGAGACUGGACACUCUCAGUGUGGAGCACAGUGGAGUGUGGAGACUGAAACCAGCUCUAAAGAAGUAUGCCUGUGAACUCACACUGGACACAAACACAGCCCACAAUCACCUCUCUCUGUCUGAGGAAAACAGAAAAGUGACGCGGGUUGAAGAGGACCAGUCGUAUCCGGAUCACCCAGAGAGAUUUGACUCCUGGAAACAGGUGUUGUUUAGAGAGGGUCUGACUGGCCGCUGCUACUGGGAGGUAGAGUGGGAAGGAGAGGUUUAUAUAGGAGUGACAUACAAAGGAAUCAAAAGGAGAGGAGCGGGUAAUGACAGCGGACUUGGAUGGAACAGCAAGUCCUGGGUUCUUCUUUGUCGUGAUAAUGCUUACUAUGCCCGUCACAACAGUAGUCUCAAAACCAUACGUCUCCCACCCCCUCGCUCUAACAGAGUAGGAGUGUAUCUGGACCGGCCUGCUGGCACCCUGUCCUUCUACAGAGUGUCCCAAGGUGGAGGAGGGUCCUCAGACAUACUGACACACAUCCACACCUUCCAGUCCACCUUCACCAAGGAGGACCUCCUCCCUGGGUUUGUGUUAACUGAGCCUGGUUCCUCAAUAUCUCUGUGUGAUGAUCUCUGACCAUUGGCAGGAUUGGGAAAUUUCCUGAACGGCCGGACGUUUUCAGGCCGAGCCGGCUGGCGGUCAUUCUUAUAUUUUAAAAAGUAGUGUAAGACGUAAUUUGGGCCGCCCUGCUAGAUAUUUGCAAACAGUGCGAAACGGAGCUCUGGCCGGCCGUUAAAACGGGGCCGAUGUAUUACUGUCAAUUUAGAGGGGGGAUAACUUUAAACACAGUGUAUGGGGGCAAAGCGAGCCGCCGAACGGCCCCUCCAAACUUUAACUGCUCCUUGUUUUGUCAAAUCUGACUGGCUCAGCCUGGGUCACUUAUAUUCCCGUUUACCUCCCUCUGAUGGCAGUUGGUGUUUUUGAGACAGGGGGUCCGUUGGUCUCCGGCUCCCUCUAUCAGCCGGGUUGCCACACACACACACACACACACACACACACACACACACACACACACACACACACACACACACACACACACACACACACACACACAC